AUGACCAGCACCAAAACGUUUGUGGAGACGUAUGCUCAAGUAUCUCUGGUGCACCGAGUGAUCACCCUUGCAAAGCGCGCCAUUUUCCAUUCUCACACCACCCAAGGUCUUCGGCGCACUCUUGAACUGGGGCCUGCAAUGCACGUUAACCACCCAAAUAUCUACUAUCUGUGCUUCCCGCGGGAUUCGUUGCUAUGCAAGGCAGCUGUCUACGCAUUGUGUCUAUACGAGUGGGUACAGACGGCAGGAAUCACCGCAGACGUCCUGGUGUCCUUGACGAAGCAAGCAGACAAUCUGCUGACACUGGGGCAUCUGGCCCCGAGCUCAUACUAUACCUGGUUCAGUGUCUGUGCCAUGUGCGGUGUCCUGUCCGGAGCUGUGCAGAUAUUCUACGCGUGGCGGAUCUUGAAGCUCUCAGGAUCCCGUAUAUGCUCAGGCCUCAUUGUUCUCGUGGGCAUCGAGACCAUCAUGAGUCUGCAGACCAACAUAUCUCCCUGGAUGGUCGGCGCAGCUGAUAAGCGUGCAGAAAACAUUACUAUUGCGGCUUGUGUGACGAUGAGCACGCCUGACAACGGCCACGUACUGCAACAGUUGCGCAAGAUGAAGAAUGGAAUCAUGGAGACGGAGAUUCUGAUCAAUCGCCUGAUCUGCAUCGUCGUCGAGACUGGAAGCCUUACCGCGGUUGUGUCCAUCGUCACACUCACGCUGGUCUUGGGUCUCCCAGAUGCUGUUCUUGUCCAAGCUAUAUUCCAACAGCGUGCUAUCUCCCUGAACAAUCGCGCCUUUGUAAAGCAGGCGUAG